AAAUGCCAAAUUGCCAAGUGUCUAAUGUCCUCACAAAUUGACUUCUUGUUCUUGACCAUAGAUGGGUUUUUAAUGAUUGAUACUCAUCAAUUUCUUGUUUUAUCACGAUUGAAUUCUCAAAUAUAGUGUCAUAAGUUUACCUGUAAAAGACUUGACGCCGCAUUUAUAUAAUUUAUUGGAUAAUUCAAUAGUCAAUACAUACACGUACUUACUAUUUACGACAAUGGUGAAGGUAUAUGGGCUUGGUGUUUUGUACAAAGGAGUAAACAGCGCUACUAUUUUGAAGGCUGCUUAUGAUUUACAGAGUUUUAGUUUUUUCCAACGCUCUUCAGUACAAGAGUUUAUGACAUUUGUCAGUAAGACUAUCGUUGAAAGAACUCAACCUGCUUCAAGGCAAUCUGUCAAAGAAGGUGAAUACAUGCUUCAAGUGUAUGUGAGAGCAGACAAUCUCGCAGGUGUCUUGAUAUCAGAUCAUGAGUAUCCAAACAGAGUGGCUCAUACAUUAAUUACGAAAAUUCUGGAUGAGUUUUCGGCAAAAGUACCCGCUGCAAAUUGGCCAACAGGAGAUGAAACUACAAUUGAUUUUCCUGUGCUGCCGCAAUAUUUAGCUAAGUUCCAGAAUCCAAAAGAAGCAGAUGCUCUAACAAAGAUUCAAAAUGAUUUAGAUGAAACAAAAAUUAUUCUCCAUGAUACAAUUAAAGCCGUGUUAGAAAGGGGUGAGAAGUUGGAUGAUUUAGUUGAAAAAUCAAAUAGUCUCUCAAUGCACAGUAAAGCAUUCUAUAAGACUGCAAAAAAGACGAACAGUUGUUGUAAUUUCUGAGGCACUUUAUUGUUAUGAGUGGAAACACGCAGAAUUAUAUAUUGAGUCAUAUGAACUGUAUUUAGUAUGGCUCUUGUUUCAUGUAAUAUUUGUGUUACAUUAGUUAGCUACUGCAUUAAAGUGGAGAUUGUUGCUGUGGUGUAUUGAAAUAAUAGUUGUGGUUUUAGAUGUUUACAUUUAUAGACAUGAUAUUAUAUUGUCAUAGUUAUAAUGUUUAAUGGCCCUAAUAUUCCUUGUCAUUGUGGAUAUACGAAAGAUUAUGAGCAAUAGCAUGGAACAGGGACUAAAGUGUUUAGAUGUUAUGAGUUAUUCUGAUAGAAAAAUUCAUGGUCAUGCUUAUCAGUGUCUAAAAUAUGAAAUUAAAUGUUUGUUAAGAACUGAUAAUGAACAGCUUGAUUGCAUUUCAUUGUAAAUAAAAGGAACUGCUAAUUAAAUAAAUUGCUCGGAUAAAAUCGUGAAUGCUUACAUCACAUCACAUAUUUUGUAUUCUUUACAUCACAAUAUCAUGUUGCCUUAAUUUGAAUAGCAAUGUGUCUUAGAUUAAAUUGAGCAGUUUUAAUAAAUUUAUAUGAUACUACUUAAAUAUUAAAAUAUACUGAAUUUCAUCAUAAGACCUUGAUAUACAUUAAUGUGUUAGCAAAUAAUGCUUUUGGUUACCUACACAAUUGUUAAAUAUUUUCCAGUUAUCAAUAUUUGGGAAAUAUUUGCAUUUUUGUAUUUUUUAUAGGAAAAUUGCAAGAGGCAAAAAUUAAUUGUAAAAAAGUUUCAGGAAUUUCAAAUAGCCUAUAUAUAUUAUCUAGAACCCUAAAUGUGUCUUACUAAUAGAUAUUCUGUGUUAUGAUUCGAUUGUCAGUGGUUGUAAGUGUUUUUAAUAUUUUAUGGGCUUACAAUUGUAAAAUGUGGCGAGAUAAAGCUUGACUAGAAUUAGUAUUAGCUCAGUUCUUGGUAUUGCCAUAUGUAUACCUACUUAAUUAAAAAUUAAAUAUAAUUAUUUUAUACUUUCAUUUUUAUGCCAUACAUUAAGUGUCACAUUAUUGAAUUAUAAUGUUAUUGGUAAUAUUCAGUAUGGAAAUAUAGUAUGAGAGCUAGCGCACAAGAGCAACUUUUUUCUCCGCAACUAUUUUGUCUCUCCCAUCAACUCUAUGGGCUAGUAAGAAAGUGCGCGCACGUAGCGACGCAACUUCCUAUAGAGUUGAUGGGCGAGACAAAAGUUGCUCUUGCGCGCUAGCUUUUAUAUAACAGAAAUGAAUGUAGGUACUCAUGCUGAUGUAAAUAUUAAGUAAUUUUCUCUCAUUUUAUACUAAUUUCAUUGUAUUUGACUGUAAUAUUAUUGUUCAAAUAAUAUUUCUGACAAUAAUCAUUAUUUAAUAGUCUACAUUCCUUGACAGUGUGGCUGUUCUAUGUAUUAUAUUCAAUUUAAAAGUCCAAAAUGAAUGAGUCUUCAGUCUGAUUAAAGUCCAUUUCCACCAAAACAUUGUAAGUAUGAAACUUAGAAUCGUUUUUUUUUUUAAUUAUUCUUGUUGGUGUAUACCUCAAGUUAGCUUAUUUUUGUACAUAUAGGUCCAUAAUUUUUGUGUAUAAUUUUUAUAAUUUGUAUUCAUUAUAUUAUAACCACUAUGUGUAUGUAACUUUAUUAAAAUUUGGUUAUUAUUAUUAUUAGCUUAAAGAUUCCAUGUUUGAUUUUAAUAAAUCUAUAUGUACCCUAUUUAGUUAGUCUUUCAUUUAU